UCUGUUUAAUAAAGGCUAACUUGGAUGUCCAAGCUAGCUAGUCAAAGUCGAAAAUCCAAGAUGGAUGCCGUUAGGAAAGCGAUGGUUUGAGCUAGCUCUUUCGACAUAAACAUCCUCAGAGCAAUCACGAAACUCGCUUCAGAAAGAUUGUUGUCAAGAAAAAACGGCACUGGAGAUACAUACAGUGGGGCCAUGGCUGUGUAUUUUGAUCACCGUGUGACGCCUGAAAAUAGUGAGGAGCCCUCUCAAUUGACAUGGCACUCGGCUCUCUCCAUACUGGCUGUGGCCUCACGUCACUCCCCUAGUGGUGGAAAUGUGGACAUCUACCUACAGCAGGGAGAGCACGUGGAGAGCUGCCACAUUGAACGCCCUCACAAGCCCUCAAUGCUUUGCUGGCAUCCCGUAAAACCAGUGUUGGCUCUUGGCUGGGAGAAUGGCGAGGUUGUACUAGUUGUGCAUCCAUCUGGGGAUCAAACGGUCCUACCAAGCACACACACGGCAUGCGUCACACUGCUGGAGUGGAGUAGCUCCGGCAGCCGCUUGGUAACUGGGGAUCAGAUUGGAGCCUUAGCUGUAUGGAAGGUGGAUGCCAGAGGGAGACUCCAAGGGAACUAUCAAGUGAAACAUGCAUACAACUCUCCCCUCACUUGCUGCAUUUUUAAACCCGCUUUGCCUGGAGAUGAUGUGAAAAUGCUGGCCCGUGCAUCAGUGGGUGGUGAUGAGAAUGCUUUAGACAUGUUCAGCUGGAAGGGAGCACCUCUCAAAAUGGGACCGCAGGAGGGUCUUGCAUUCUACGUCAGCACUGGAGAUGGCAAGAGUAAGGUGCAUGGCGUGGAUGAACACGGUAAAACAAGUACACUCCUCAGUAUGGACGGUGCCAUCAAGAAGAUGUUCUUCCUUGAGACGAGGGAAGCACUUACUGUCAUCACUGACACCAUGAUGCUGUCACAGUACACUCUGGGACCUGAGGGGGAGGCACAGGAAAUCCAAAGGUUCAAACUGAGCAGCAAGAGUGGACAGAACGUUGACAUCGUGUGGGCCCAAAAUGGUCUCGUUAUCACUGCAACAGGGGAGCAACUCAUCAGGCUGUGGGAUCUCGAGCGAAACGAAAACUAUGCCUUAUCACUUGACGAGACACUGGGUUUUGAGCGGGGCGAAAUGAUCAACUGUGUUUCCUACUGUGCAGGAAAGGAAAUUCUGGCAGCUGGCACCAGCCAUGGACGCAUAGCAAUGUGGAAGAUGACAGUGCAUCCAGACCGCAAUAGAGGUGACAGCAAAGCUCAGUGGAAGCUACAAACACCCACUGAAAUAGAAGGGAACGUCACUCAGUUACAGUGGGGCUCCAGUCUCAAUCUGCUGGCUGCCAACAAUUCAAACACGGUGGUGAUCCUGCAUGAGCAUGUGAUGUCGGCACACUGUAGCCAGCAGGUGGCAGCGGUGCAACUGACGCCGACCCAGCUCAGUAUCACUCAGUUCCACACAGGACUGCACCUGGCUCUGCAGUCUGAAAUGCACAUUAAGGGAGUGUGUGUGACUAAGAAUUCAGCGACAGUCUGGAGUGGCAAACAGGUCACUGUGUUUGAGAUGUCAGGUGCAGCUCUACACAAUAAAGGAUCAUUCCCUUGUGACUCUCAUGUGGUAACUGUACAUGGUGAGAACCUGUACACUGUGGAACCAAACAGGGUCCAGAUCCGCACACCACAGGGUACAGUGAAACAGCUUUUGACUUUUUCCAAGGCUGAGGGCAACCCAGUGCUUCUCAGCGUGUGCCAAUCUUACCUGGUGGUCGGCACGGAUACAUCACACAUCCGAGUCUUUGACCUCACCCGAAGAGAUGCUAAAGCUCACUGUAGUGCCAAGAACCUGGUGGAUGCGAUUCCCAAUUUGGGAGCUCUGAGGUCAGUCAAGUGUAAUUCCAAUGGCAGCCAAGUCAGCAUCUUAAUCACACAGGUGAAUGGGCGACCCGACCAGAAACUCUACUUCUACGACAUUGAAAUGGACACUGUGACGCACUUUGACUUCUUCACUGGCAGACCAUCCAGUGGUGUCUCCCACUCUGAAAACAGCGAAAGACAGCAGUUCCAGGAGACUGAACUCAGUGCCCGAUGCCCUGUGUCUCACUUCUGGGACGAGAGUGAACCUCGCCUUUUUGUGUGCGAGACUGUGCCAGUCAGCUCUGAAACAUCAUCAUCAGGCUACUGGGACACGGUGGACGUGUCAGUGGUCACCCUCUUCUGUACUCAGGAACAUGGCCUCCUCUUGCAAGAUUGCUACACUAAACCAGCAGGCCUGCAGGCUCUCCUUGCUCUCGACGUGCCUUAUUAUUACUUCAGCUGCAAGGAGGUUUCCGCAACAUCAGCACCAGCAAACCCCAGCCAGACAUCACGAGGCUCCGUUGCCCUCUUCCCCCAAAUGGUGUCAAGGCGUGCGCUCAGAGAUUUUGAAGGCCUGGAGAACUGUGACAAGUCCACACGCGACGCCAUGCUAAACUUCAGCUUCUACCUCACUGUGGGCCACAUGGACGAAGCCUUCAAGUCCAUUAAACUCAUCAAGAGCAAAGUAGUAUGGGAAAACAUGGCACGCAUGUGUGUGAAAACCCGUCGUCUGGACGUGGCACGAGUGUGUCUCGGCAAUAUGGGAAAUGCCAGAGCAGCAAAAGCACUGAAAGAGGCGGAGGCAGAGCCUGAACCAGAGGCUCACAUAGCAGCGUUGGCUAUUCAGCUUGGCAUGCUGGAGGAUGCUGAAAAGCUGUACAAGGGCUGUCAACGCUAUGACCUCCUGAACAAUCUCUAUCAGGCAUCUGGGCAGUAUGAGAAGGCGUUAGAAAUCGCUGAGAAUCAUGAUCGUAUCCACCUACGUGCUACCUACUACAAUUAUGCACGCUAUCUGGAGUCCAUGGGUGACAAGAGCACAGCCCUGGCUAAUUAUGAAAAAUCCGACACCCACCAAGUGGAGGUGCCCAGAAUGCUUCAGGAUGAUCCAUUGUCUUUGGAGAUCUAUGUUAACAGGAUGAAAGACAAGAACCUCUACAAGUGGUGGGCUCAGUAUUUGGAGAGCCAGUCAGAGAUGGAUUCAGCUCUGGACUUAUAUGAAUGCGCUCAGGAUUACUUCUCUAUGGUCCGAGUUCACUGCUACAUGGGGAAUGUUCAGAAGGCAUCUGACAUAGCCAUCGAUACAGGUGACAAAGCAGCAUCGUACCACCUGGCAAGGCACUAUGAAGGUCACGAUGACAUCAAACAAGCUGUCCACUUCUACACUCGAGCCCAAGCCUACAACAACGCCAUACGACUUUGUAAGGAGAAUAGCUUGGAUGACCAAUUGAUGAACUUGGCUCUGCUCAGUAACCCAGAGGACAUGAUGGAGGCUGCAUGCUAUUACGAGGAGAAAGGCAUCCACUUGGACAGAGCAGUUUCACUCUAUCACAAAGCUGGUUACGUCUCCAAAGCUCUGGAAGUGGCCUUUGCUACCCAGCAGUUCGCUGCUCUUCAGAUGGUUGCCGAGGAUCUCAAUGAGAACUCGGAUCCUGCCCUCCUGGCACGCUGCUCUGAAUUCUUCAUCCAACAUUCCCAGUACAAAAGGGCUGUGGAACUUCUGAUUGCAGCCAAGAAGUACCCUCAAGCUCUGGAGUUGUGUGUAAAUGAGAACCUGACCAUCACAGAGGAGCUGGCUGAGAAAAUGACUGUGACUGAUUCCAAAGACUUGUCCGAAGAGGCUCACAAGGAUCUGCUGGAGAGGAUAGCGGAGUGCUGCGUGCGUCAGGGAAACUACCACCUGGCCUCCAAGAAAUUCACACAGGCCGGAAACAAACUCAAGGCCAUGAGGGCACUCCUCAAAUCAGGAGACACAGAAAGAAUCAUACUUUUUGCCAACGUUUGUCGUCAGAAGGAGCUUUUCAUCAUGGCCGCCAACUACCUCCAGUCUGUAGACUGGAAAAAUCCAGAGAUCUUGAAGACCAUCAUUGCUUUCUACACAAAAGGCAGAGCGCCACAGCUGCUCGCUGGUUUCUAUGAAACCCGUGCACAAGUGGAAAUCGAUGAUUAUCAGAGUUAUGAGAAGGCUUUGGAUGCUUUGAGUGAGGCGGUCAAAUGCCUCUCGAAAGCAAAGAAUGCAGACGGACAACAGGAAGCCAAACUGGCUGAGCUGCAGCGUAAAAUCACCCUCAUUAAGAAAUUUGUCCAAGCACGCAGGUUAAAGCAAGAAGAUGCUGAGGAGGCCCUUAGCAUAUGUGAGGGUUUACUGGAAGAGACUGAAUUGGACACUGCUGUCAGGGUCGGGGAUGUGUUUGGCUUCUUGAUCGACCAUCACUGUCAGCACGGCAAUCUGAAAGUGGCCCACAGCAAGCUGGAGGAGCUCCAGAAGCUGAUGUCAUCACAAAAUAUCAGAUACUAUGUUAAACAGGCCAAUCUGGAUACCCUGCACAAACAGAUGGGUUUCACUAUGGAUUCUGGGGACCACAGGCAUAAUGAAAAGGAGGAGGAUGAGGUGGAGGAGGACCUGAACAUGCCCUAAAAACAGUUUUUGACAUUUUCAAAUAUGAUUUCCUAAAGAUUGUUUAAAAAACUGGUGUAAAUGGUGCCUGAACUUUGGUCACAAGAGAGCGCUGUCGAGUCAUGUUAAGCCACCAUAGAGGCUGUAGAUUACUGCUGCGGCGCACUCAUGGUUGUAAUAGUUGAUUUUGUGAUACUAUGGAAAAUGCACACACAAAGUGUUUUUCAUACCAAAAAAUGUACAUAUGCAUUUUAUGUUUCUGUUCUGAAAAUAAAAUCGCUGGUUUUG